CUAGGCCCCCAAAUCCUAAGUAACUUCUUAAAACUUUUCAAACAGCUUAAUUCUUUUUUUUCCAUGAAAAAAAUUGCCAGGGGUCCUAGUUUUCAUAAAAUUGACUGUUGUAGGUGAUGGAGCAGGUAAGGACUUCAGUUGUCUGCUCAGUUGUGGCUGAGGAGAGAGGGAGAAGGGUCUGGGGAGGACAUGAGUGUGGCCUAGUGGGAUAGGAGGGGGUAAAAUUUGGCUUCAUGCUUUUUCAGGAGAUAAGAAGGAAAAAGGCAAAAGGUGAUCAGGAUGGAGAGAGUUGUAGGAAUGAUCUGGUGCUCAGGAUGCAGAACUGGAAGUUGGGGACUUUGCAGGUGUUUGGUAUGCAUGGUGUAGAAAAAAUGAAUUCUACUAUGAGUGAGGAGCCUGAUGCACUGUCUGUAGUUAACCAACUCCGAGAUCUAGCAGCUGACCCAUUGAACAGACGGGCCAUUGUUCAGGAUCAAGGAUGCCUGCCAGGUCUUAUUCUGUUUUUGGACCAUCCCAACCCUCCAGUUGUUCAUUCAGCUUUACUAGCUCUCCGCUAUUUGGCAGAGUGCCGUGCCAACAGAGAAAAGAUGAAAAGUGAAUUGGGUAUGAUGCUGAGCUUACAGAAUGUAAUACAAAAGACCACUACACCAGGAGAGACUAAACUUUUAGCUUCUGAAGUCUAUGAUAUCCUUCAGUCUUCCAACAUGUCAGACAUGGACAAUGUGAAUGAGAUGAAUUAUCGUCGACGGAAAGCGCAGUUUUUCCUCGGCAGCACAAAUAAGCGUGCCAAGACAGUGGUUUUGCAUAUAGAUGGCCUUGAUGAUUCGUCUCGAAGAAAUCUUUGUGAAGAAGCCUUGUUGAAAAUUAAAGGUGUUAUUAGUUUUACCUUUCAAAUGGCUGUUCAAAGGUGCGUGGUCCGAAUUCGCUCAGACUUAAAAGCAGAGGCAUUGGCAACAGCAAUAGCAUCAACCAAAGUUAUGAAGGCACAGCAAGUUGUGAAAAGUGAAAGUGGUGAGGAGAUGCUGAUUCCGUUCCAAGAUACUCCAGUGGAAGUAGAGCAGAAUACAGAUUUACCUGAAUAUUUACCAGAAGAUGAAAGCCCUACUAAGGAACAGGACAAAGCAGUGUCUCGUGUUGGGUCGCACCCAGAAGGUGCGGCAAGCUGGCUUAGCACGGCAGCAAACUUUCUAUCGAGAUCUUUCUACUGGUGACUUGUCUUUGGUGUUAAAAGACUGUGUGAAUGAACCGACAGGGGGGCCAGUUUUCCAUUGGUGUGGUGAACUGCCAAGUGCAAUUUGCAAUAAAUCAUCACAAAAAUUUUAGAUGAAGCAAACGUAUGCUGCAUUUUACAUUUUAUUGGACGUUUAGCCUGAUAGGGCAGGGGUCAAAGGACAGAGGCCUCCAAUCCAAUUGUUCUUUCAUUUGUUUUUCAUGUAGAUUUUAUUGCUUCACUUUUUAAAAAUGGGUCCACUGUUAUAUACCAAACAUUUAUGCAUAUAGAGCUUUAAGUUUGACUUCACAUGAAACACAUGGUAGGGAGAAUCCAUUUAACUCAAGUCUCAGGGCCUCUGUGAAAGAAAAUUCUUAAUAGCUCUAGUUGUGCAUUAAAUAAAAUGCCCUUUUUAUUUCUGCAUCCCUUUGGACUAACGUUAUUUUGUUUAAUUUUCUUGAUUUUUGACUCCAGAGAAAAAUAUAGUCUGCCUCUUUAUUUGCCUUUAUUUUGCCAACCAUGUUCACAGCAUGAGCACGAUGUUCCCCCUUUGCUAUUAAGCUAGAAUCACUACAGACUUGAAAUUUAUCACCCUUUUAUGUAUAUUGAAUUUUUUGCAGCCUGCCCUUAAACAUUGGAGUGCUUGAGAUUAAGAAAUAAAGGAUUGAAUAAACACAAAUAUGUAUACAUACAUUGUACAGUAAAUAAACUAGAACAUAUUUGUAAUGAUGGGUGUGACUGACUGAUGUAUAUAACUAAUAAAUACCACUGACUGCUGUUUAGGCUAGCUGGGCAGACCGUAGCAAAAAAAAAAGCUGUGGUCCAAUGUAGCUGUGACCCAUUGCAGCUCUGUCUGCAGAGAAUAGAGAGGGAUGUAAACUGUAUUUGGUUAAGAAAUGGUGUUCACUGUUAGCAAAUAUUUAAUGGUAACUGAAACUUUAAACUUGAAGAAUAAAGCAGAACUGAAUGCCUCUUUUGCCACAGUGCCACACACAAAUUUUGACUUUAACUCUCUUUAUUUUUUUACCUAACAAAUCUGAUACGUAAUUACUGUUCCCUCGGAAUGUCUUUCAUGAGACUCCCAUGAAAGCACGUCAGCUUGGAUAGGCUUAAAAACAUAUGCAAACAAUUGGCUUUACCUUGUUACUUACAGACAGUAUAGGUUUAAAGAUGUCUUGGUAAAUUCUGUGACCAGAAGUGGUGAUAAAAGCAAAACUUCUGUAGGCAGAGAAUAAUAUAUAUCUGAGCUGUUAAUAAACACUGUGUGCCUGAGAGGAUUCAAUACACAGUGCUUGAAAACUGCAGUGCCACUGCUUUGUUGCACCAGGGAAAUACAGCUGAGAACUUUAAAUAAUGUUAUAAACCUCAUUAUACAAUGCUUUUUUGUGGUAAUGUACUUGCUAUAAUAUUAAUUAUAUUUACCACUUGGAGACUCAGAAAAAAAUUUUAAUGCAUUAAAGUUAUUCCCCUGUGCAUAUGCACAAGGAAUAAUAAAAAAACCCACCUCACAGGCUGUCAUAAUACUACAGAAAUGCUGAGGAAAUGAUAAUGUAAAAUAAUAAUGCUGGUCAGAGUUCACCCACCCAAGUUAAUUGCCAUUCUAGGAUAAAAAAGAAACAAAAGCUUGUUGGCAGACUAGAUGUCUCAUGUUUUUUAAUAUAUCUAGUUUAUUUUUGAUUCAGGUUUACACGCACAGAUUGAAAAUACAGGCUUUUCAGGGCAUGUAUUGCUUUAAAUAUGUAAUACUACUCAUAUUGCUGUCUAGAAUGUUACAGUACCAAAUGUGUUUGAGAAGUCCUCUGUUCUAUAGCCAUGAAUGCAGAGUUUUAUUUUUCUGCAUUAACAUCUGUUUGCAUUUGCAUUACUGCACAUCUGUUUACUAAAAGACUACACCCUUUGGAUAUUAAUGGUUCAAUACCAGUAGGUAUUACAGUUUGUUUGUGUAUUCGGUCUGUAGGUGUGCUUUUAUGACAGUAUUGCAGCUCUAGUAGAACAGUUUAAGGCAUCUGUAAAAGUUUUUGAAAUAUAAUGUAAAAUAAUAAAGGAUAAUAUAACUAAACAAAA